AUGGACGUCGACGAAAUUAUAUCAUAUUUAGAAAUUCAAAUCGACGAUAAUUACCGAGUGAUCCGCCCAUACGUUCCAUUAAUUUCGCGUCUUUUGUUGUGCUCCACAUUCUUCGAAGAUGGCUUUCGCAUGCUUUUCCAAUUUUCCGCACAAAUCGAAUUUGGAAUGGUGUUGGUCGCUAGUGCCAAUUUGCUGGUGGUCUUAGUCAUGCAAGUAUUUCUCUAUUACAUUUACACGGAUCUUAGAUUUCUCGCAAGAACAUUCUCGAUCGCCGGCGGAAUUGCCGUUUUAUUAUCAGAAUCGUUUAUUGAUAAUAAAUCGACGUUCGCACGAGUUCCAACUCUUGACGAUCCAUUGGAGCCGCGUUCGAUUUUUCUUCUUGUUGGUAGAAUUUAUUUGAUUGGAAUGAUCACAUCUCUAAUUCAUAUCGAAGCUUCGUUCCUAAAGCUAAUCGAAGCGAUUGUCUCUUUCGGCUUCUUGUCCUUAUUAGUAAUUGGCUACAAAACGAAAUUGGUUGCUCUGAUACUUGCCACGUGGUUGUUCAUUCUUAAUUUCUUCAUAAAUAAUUGGUGGUCCGUCAAUGAUAGUAGGGCACAAGACUACACCAAAUUCGACUUCUUCCAAGUUCUUUCUGUUGUUGGAGGAUUAUUGUUACUUGUUCAAUAUGGUCCUGGUGGAUUAUCGAUUGAUGAUCAGAAAAAGCAAUGGUAG